AUGCUGGGAGUUGUGGUCUACAGGCUUACAUUCCAUCCUCUGGCAAAGUAUCCUGGUCCUUUCCUAGGCCGAUUUACCGAUUGGUACUCUGUCAUACGUAGUGCCACAGGAGACCGCCAUAUCCAUUUCUUGGAGCUUCACAAGAAGUAUGGCCCAUUUGUUCGGUUUGGACCCAACCGAAUCUCAGUCAACACAGCCGAAGGGCUUUCUAAGAUAUACGGAAUCAAAGCAAACACGCAGAAGUCCACUUAUUACCAUGUGUUCAAUGAUGUCUUCAAGGGCGAUAGCUCGCUCACCACGAUUGAUCAUGAUUUGCACACGAUAAAGAAGCGCGUGGUCUCUUCAGCACUUUCUGACAGCUCCGUUCGCGCCAUGGAAGACAUUGUCUUGAGGAAUAUACGAAAGUUUGUCCAACACCUUGGCGAAUCACCUUCGAUUCAUUUCACCGAGGAGGAAGGGUGGUCUUCGCCAAAAAACAUGACAGACUGGGCAGAUUACCUGUCUUUCGACAUCAUGGGCGACAUAUGUUUCUCAGGUUCCUUUCAGAUGCUGGAUAAACCGGAUCACAGAUAUAUCCUCGAUGUGUUGCCGAAGGGCGUCAAUGGCCUAAAUAUGAGCGGCUGGAUGCCAGGCAUUCUACGUCUGAAGAUCGGAAACCUACUUUUUGCUAGUUUGAACGAGGCCAUGAAGCGUUACGAGGCCUUCGCCAAUCAACAAUCGUCAAGACGCCUGGCUAUGGAUUCAAACCUCGAGACCGCCGAUGUCUACUCUCACCUGCUCGCAGCCAACCAAAACUGCAUGAAAGAAGGGAAUAAGGUUCUGUUUACACCAGAAGAUCUUGUUGGGGAAUCCAGUCUGUUAAUCACCGGAGGUUCGGACACUACUGCAACUGCCAUCUCAACUACAUUCUUCUAUCUCUUGCACAAUCCUGAGACAUAUGAAAAGUUGAAGAAGGAAGUUCGGCCACGAUUUAUGGCCCUCGAAGAGAUCCGCGGUGGCGCAGUCUUGACCUCGUGUCGAUGGCUGCGGGCCUGCAUCGACGAAGCGAUGCGCAUGUCCCCCGGAGUUCCUGGUCUUUUGCCCCGCGAAGCGCUCGCCCCGGGCGUUGAGAUUGCGGGGCAUGUUUUUACACCUGGAGUGGAUCUGGGAGUGGCACACUAUGCGAUUCAUCAUAACGAGGAUUUUUAUCCCGAUUCGUUCGCUUACAGACCGCAGCGCUGGCUUGUAGAAGCGUACGAAGGUGAGACGGUCGAGGAAGCAAAACAUCGCGUGCAACUGGCGCAAUCUGCUUUCUGUCCUUUUAGCAUCGGGCCGAGGGGCUGUGUUGGCAAAGGCUUGGCCAUGAAAGAACUCAUGAUCACAAUUGCCCGCGUUAUAUGGCUUUAUGACAUGCGACUUGCGCCCGGAGAGGAACAUCGUGGCGGCGGAGGGCGCGAGAAGGGUUACGGACGACAUCGUGACUCUGAAUUCCAACUGAAGGACAUGUUCGUAUCCAAAACAGAUGGUCCACUGGUGCAAUUUCGUAAACGUUGAGGUAGUCUUCGAAGAGUUAUCACACGGAAAUAAACCCUUCGGCAUUUCAGCUCGAACAACAAUAGCGGAUUAUCUACAUAAUACUACUAAGUCACGGUAUAAGCUAACAAAAGAUACUAGUAUUAAUCAAAGAGCCAAUUUGACGAAUCACACAGGUUUAUUGUGGAACUGAAGACCUGGUGUCGUGAGCCACUUCAGCCCAAAUUACUUGAUUAACAUGAUUAAUGACCAAUGGAAGAAGUAUCCGUCAAUCUUUCGAAACUCCCUUUCGGGAACCUUUGGUCCCGUGAGACAGUCGUGGAAUU